UUUUUGCUUCUUGUUAAUUGUUUCUAAUUAGUCAUUUUAAUUACUAUCAUUGUGAUAAAUGUUUAAUCAUUUCUAUUUUUUGGUUAAUUUUCUUUCUAACCUGAAUACCUUAAUGUGUUUUUAUUAAACUCUCAGUAAAGACUUUGAAAGAAAAGAGAGAGAAAAAGAGAGUAAGAGAUUGGGAAAAAAACAGUGAAUAAGACAUUUGAUUUUAGAGAAGGAAAAAAUUGUGACAAAUUAACAAAUUUCCUAUCUGAUGACUAGUUCAGGAGUAUUCCAAUUUGGAAGUUUAGACAAAAGUAAUGAUGGUGAAGAGGAAAAAACCGAUGUGUUUAAGGAGUUCAAAGGUUUAUUACCCAACUUGACGAUUGGUUAUGAUGAGGUUCCACUUGAUGCUGAUUUUGCAUGGUUACUGUUUUUACUUCUUCUCUCGACAAUUUGGUUAACUUAUUCACUUUAUUAUAAUUCGAGAGUUUUUGGUUACAUUUUAACCAAAUUCGUGAACAAUUUUAUUAUCGCUCGAUACCUUUAUCCAGAUACCAAAAGAUGCGAGCAACCUUAUUUCCGGGUAUCUUCAUUUUCACUUACAUUCAUAUCAGGCAAGAUAAUGUUCCGUGAUCUUGUUUGGAUAACAACAGAUUAUUCAUUGAGAAUUCAAGAUGGUUGGAUUAUCCUUCGUUGGUGGAUUCCAUUUGAACCAAGAGAUAUACGGAAAAGUGAUUUCAGUCAUUCUGAUGCAAGAUUAUCAAUGUUAUUCAAUGGAUUUGAAUUACAUAUUUAUAAUAGAUCUCAAAUGUAUACAUAUUUGGAACGUUUAUUUGGUAUUAAUCCACCAAAAUUUCAUCCAGAUUAUGAUGAUAUUAGUGGUGGUGGCGGUGGAAUAGGUGGAAUUGGUAAUAGUAAAUCACCUCCCGAACCAGGAGGUAAUCAAUCAUCAUCAUCAACAACAACGACAACUGCACAACAACAACAACAACCAUUAAAGGCAACAGAUAAUGAUAAAUUAAUUAGUUUCUAUUUGUGGAGAAAUUUUUUCCCAUUAACAAAGAUUGAAAUACUCACCGGUCGUUUUGUAUUUGGUAAUCAUCUUAUUCCAAGUACCCUGUUGAUCACAUUUGAAGAAGGUCAUAUUACUUAUACCUCUCGUCCUGCCGUUUCACCUCACGAUCUCUUCACUCACAUAGCUAAAGCCAAAGCGGAAAGUUAUAAAAUUAUUUUAGCUCCUAGUCCAAAAUAUAUCGGUAUCGUUGAAGAACCACCUCGAUUUAUGGGUGAGGGUUUUGUGGUUUUCCAGACAAACGCCAUUGAUUUAUAUUAUUAUCAAGAUGAACCCGGUUUGGCAGCUAGUGAUCCAGAGCCAAUUGAACUGUCCUCUGGUGAUGUAAUCCACGAUUUCACUGCACCCGCUUGGGGAUUGGACAUUAAAUGUGGAAAGGGGACUCAUUUUGGUUAUGGACCUUGGGCUGAUCGUAAUCGUGAUCAUCUUUAUAACUUUUUCUAUCCUCCCGAUUAUCAGCCAAUCAUCCCAACAGCUAAACCUAAGCCUGGAGAGAUGAGGACAGCGGAAAACUUUUACAUUCGGCUAAGUACUCUUGCCGAUGCAGCUAUUGACAUACUUUUUAUUACGAAAGAGAAAGAGACAAAAGCUCUUCAUGUUAACGCUGGACCAGGAUCUUAUCUGGAAAUAUCAAUACCAUGGAUUUGUAAAGAGGAAGGUUAUCAAUCUCACAUUUGGGGACAAAUUCUACACCUUGAUGCAACCACAAACCUAAACUUUAGGUCACUUGCCGAAAGUGAAACCCUUGAAUUUGAUUUUAAAAUACUUUAUCCCCGAAUUUGGAAUCACCAUCAAACUUGGAUAUGUUCACUUACUGGUUGUAAAGCGACAGUUGACCUAAUCUUUGCCCAUAAAAUUUUCUUCUGUGAUUUAAUUGACGAUUGGGCAAGUAAAGAUUUACCCGAUAUUCUUACAUUUAUUCCAUAUACAUGGAAAUUUUCCGUUAAACUGAUUGAUUUUGAAUUAAUUACCUUGGCCAAUGAAUAUAAUUGGAUUGACUGUUCAUCCAAAUUGAACAGUGAGAAUGCUCAACUUGCCAUUGUUGGCGAUAUUUACGAUAUGUCAUUUGAUUUACCAUUUGAUGAAUUUCUUCCACCCACCGUUUCAAUUAAAAUUUGGAUUCAAGGUGAAAGUUUAAACGCUGCCCUUUACCUUCCCGAGUGUAACCCUCACCGAGAGACACUUCAUAUGUUAGAUAAAUAUGCCAAACUUUGUCCACCUCUUUUUAACUCUUCAAACCAGGAGCCCUAUUUUACUGCAAUUAAAACUUCUGACCUUUUCUCUUGUGAUAAAAAAUGGUCCCGAUCAGUGAGUCGUGCCAAUGGUUGGAUAGAUUGUUGGUCCGUACGGAUUGUUGCUCUUUCCAUAACCUACACAUAUCAUCCAGUUCCACCGAAAAUACCCACACCCAAACCCUCCGAAAUAACUACACCCGAACGUGAGGAACUUCUCCUUGAACCAAUUCGCCCAGAAAGUAAUUUCUCUUCCACUAAAUUUACUAAAACAAUUCCACCCGAUUUUAAUCCUGGUUCAAUGGAUCCCGAUCUUGUUGAACUUGAACUCGAAGUUGGCCCAUCCAAAAUUUGUCUCUAUGGUACAUUAUUCCGAAUGCUAUGGAAUAUUAAAGAAAAUUAUAUCGGAGAGUAUCAAACUUUUACCGAUUUUAAUUCCAAUCCAAGUGUCACUGAACCAUAUGAAUUGAAUAAAACCCCUUGUAAACCAUCAUCAAUCUAUGGUGAGGCCAAUAAGCCAUUUGAUGCUCGUCUUUACCGACCUUUAGCCGUUAAUGUUUCCGUUACUUUGCAUAAUAUUCAAGGACACAUAAUGAAAAGCUGUGAUGAAAAUGAUUCCAAAUCAAAUACACCUCCAUGUCCUUACCUUUACCUGGAGAGACUUUCCUUUGAAAUGGAUAAACAAUACUCUGAAACAAAGAUGCAAUUAUUAUUAUCACCAUUGAUUCUUGAUGCACCCGAAUAUACAACUGCUUUAGGUAAUCGAACUCUUUCCAAUACUGGUCAUUUAAUUCUUGAUUCGUUACAAUUUCGUGGACAUGCAAUGUUUUCCGGCCUUGAAAGGCCACUUGACUCUGAAACUCUUGAAUAUGCUUGGCUAAUUGAGGCUCAUCUUGGUGAGAUAUCGGGUCGUCUUAGUUUACCUCAAUUUCAGCAGAUAUUUAUUGGCUUGGAAACUUUAUUACUCCAAGUGGUACAAGAAGAUUGCUCCCUUCAACCUCCUACACCUUACCAAAAGUGUCUCCAUGAUAUGGUACAAUCACUUUGUCCCAAAACACAAACUUCGGGAGAUAAUAAAAUGUGCCCUUACUCGGAAGAUUUAAAAUAUCGUAUGGUACGAAUUGAUUUAGAUUCAAUUGCACUUUAUUUUACCGAUGUUAAUACAGUUUUAGCUCUAGAAUUGGAUCAGAUUAAAUUUUGUACCUGUAACCUUCAUAGUUGCCAUACAUCGAGUGGGAUGACUGCUCUUUUCAAAGAGAUUACUCUUCAUCAUUACAUCUCGAUGAGUAGUUCAUUAAGUAAUUUUAAAAGUUCUAAACUUUAUCUUGCACCGACAACCAAUCAAUCGUCCCAACAAUUACAUUCUAAUGAUCCAAGUGAUGCAACUUUUUACGAAGUUUGUAAAAUUAACUUUGGUCCCAUUUUCGUUGAUUCGGCUGAACUUCUUUCGGUGGUUGAUAAUUUUACCGUUAAUCAGGAUACAUUUUUACGAACUCACGAUGAGGCAACUAAACGUUUAUGGUUUUUAUGGACUAAAAGUAAAACAUCAACAGUUAAAUCAUCAACAAGUGAAACAAAUUUCAAUAAUAAGAAUGGUAAAUGCGGUUGUGUUGGUGGUUGCGUAUUCUUUGGUAACAAUUCUCGAGGACAUGAUUUCUUUUCUCUCAAUAAACAUGAUCCCACUCUCCACUCGGAGGGGAAUAUCCUUUGGGGUGAAAGUUUAUUACGUCCUGGUGAACCUGUGGUGGGUUUUCAGAUAAAUACAGUUUUCACACUGGAAGAGGAGAACGAGGAUACUUGUGAAUUAGCUCCACUUUUUGAUCGAACCAAUUAUUGUGUAACAAGUCCACUUUCACCUUCAGUUCGAAGUAAUUCCGUUAUAACGGGAAAUGAUUCAUCUCUUCAGAACAUAUCAUCAUUUUUGUCCACAAGUCAAACAAUUAAAUCGGGUAGGAUGGGAAUCUUUUCUCGACAACUUUCAAGUCCAUGUAGAUCUAGUCCAUUUCCUUAUCGAGGUAAUUUGACCACAUCACUUUCUGUUUCAUCAGCUGUUAAUGACGAAAGACAAAAAUUAUCGUUACCUGAUCGUCCAAGGAAUCGUUCAUUAAGUGAAACGGACGAUAUCGAAGUGUCCAAAGAUUUGUUCAAACAAAAUGGUGACUCAACAACUUUAAUUGGUGGUGGAAUUGAUGGUAAAAAGAUUGUCGAUUUUACAUCGAUACAUUCACGAGAAAAUUCAUCUAAAAGUGGAACUUCAAAAGCAACGGAAACUUAUUUUACUCUAACCGAUCCUUACUUUUCGGCAAGUGAUUCCUUCUCAUCCUCAUCAAAAGAUUCUAAAUCAACAACAGCUGAUCACACUUUAGUAACAGCACCAACUCAUCAACCAGUAGAUAAUGUUAAAAGUGAUGAUACCCUUGUGUCCAUCAUGUCAAUCCCUGGAUCAGGGCCAACAUGUUCCGGUGGUGUAACAUUCCGUGAACAAUCAAUGAGUCAAAAUGCUCUGAAUAAAUCACGAACUAGUUUAAAAUCAACUUACAGUGCACCUCCUGAUGCUGGGCCAACGGCAACAAUUAACAUUACAACCGUUAAUCAGGGUGAUGGUGAGGGUAUCCUCGAUGAUGGAGAUUCUGAAAGUGAUAAUCAUUCCAUAUCAUCUUCAUCUUUCAUCUCAGCUGUUUCCUCUCAAGAGGAAAUUGGUAUCAAUGCAUUAGUCGAUCUUCGUAAUCAAAUGGAAAAGUCCAUCAUUGAAUCUCCAUUAUUAAUGUCUUCCUAUACUAAUCAUUUAACUCGAUUCAAGUGUUCAAAUCAUAAACAUUCAAAUUCAUCUUACGAUAUUUUAACCCUUCGAGGGCGGAAAAAAGUUAUCCCUCGAUUUGUUCGUGCCACUUCAAAUGGACUUUCAUGUAUUCGAUUAACGGAAAAAUCUUACUCUGGUGAAGGUGGUGCUUCCAGGUACAAGAAAACAGUCCCUGGAACUAGUGGCCUUGGAAGCGAUGAGAGCGAUAAACAAGUCGACUCGGAAGGAUCGGCUCGAAAUAAUCGUUUUCUUUUCACUCCUGGUUCAGUUUACGAAAAAAUUGAUUCUCAUGUUUCAAAUGCCAAAAAGAGGAGAAAUGGUUUCACCGGUGAAGGCAGUGGUGAUGAUGAAGAUGAUGAGCUGGAAAAUCUUGCAUUUAAAAAGCGAAUGGAAAAACAGUUUAGUAAAACGGUUGAAUAUCGAAGUGAAAAAUUGACCAUUUUGGUUCGUAUGAGCGGGGAAGCCUCGAUCCGUAUAUCACCUUUAAGUCUUGAUGGUUUGAAAACUUUCGUCGAUGGUAUCACAGAUUCACUGGCUCAAGUUCAUCCAUUGACGGUUUUAAAUCAUUUGAAUGUUAAAUGUUUCACUUCGGUGUCGAGAAAAAAUCAACUAAAGAAAGAGAAAACUCUUGAAUAUGGACAAUUGAAACACAAAGCGUGGAAAAGUACCUUGGAUCGUGAAAAUAACAAUCUAAACUCGUCGAUUCAACAAGCAACUACAAGUGGACCAACUAGUGGACGAACGCGGUUUGGUGAUGCUUUUCAAGAUGUUAAAUCACAAUUCAAAACUGCACCCGUUGAAUCAACGGUCACCGCUAAUCAAUAUGAGGAAAAUAAACGAUCCAAGUUUCAAGUUUUCGUUCAAAUUUCUAAGAUAAAUAUUAUCGUUCUUCAGGCUUCCCUUGUUGAAGAGUUUAUAACUUUCUCAGCACUUGAUGAUAUUCGGGAUCUAACAUGUGUCUCAAUGUUUUCCGUUUCCAUGUCAAAGACCAAUUUUGACUUUUACUCUUCCCGUCAAGAGCGUCGUUCACUUCAUACCAUCAUAAGUAAUAACAUUCGAACUCAACCAACAUCAGCUUUUGCCCAGUUCGCUCAAAGUGAUAUCGUUUCUCGUUUACUUUUCCGUAAGCCCAAAAAAGAGCAGGCAGAAGUCGAACCAGUAACAAUUGAGACCCACGAACUUUUGGAAGAGGAAACUGUCGGAUCAAGUGGAAUUGGUAGUUUACACGUUCAAUUGACGCGAUUGAAAAAUAGUUCAUCCAUUUUGAAAGAAGCCAUUUUAACGGUUAUUCCUCAAAAUCAAAGUCGAGUAAAUUUCUAUUAUGACAAAAUACCCGAUCUUGGUCAACAACAAUCAUCAGGAUCUAAAAAUUUACCAUCAUCAUCAUCAGGAACAACAGGCCACACAGGUCAGCGUCGACGAUCAAGUGGAACAACAUCAGGUCGAGUUUUCCUUAGGCGCCAAGAUGGUCAAGAAGAUUUCAUCAAAGUGACCGAAGUGAGUGGUGAUAGUACCAACAUCUCAAUCGAUCCCAAAGUAAGUGGCGAUGGCUCAAGUGGAGGUGAAAGUGAUAAUCCGCUUUAUUCGGGUUUCAUCAUGUUCGAAGGAGGACUCGAAAAUAUUGACCUAAAGGCCGUGAAAAAACGAGAAAUGUUAGACCAAAGUGCUAAUACCAACCAAGAUAAAACAAAAGACACAAGUGCAAAUAAUACAAACGUUAACGCAAACAACGAGUCUCAAGCUCAUCAUUCAAGUGAAAACGGUGAAAAUGUCAAGGAAGAUUUUAACAACCCGACAAGUGCUACUGCCACGGGUGCAAGUGGGUCGGAAAAUAAGAAGGAAAGAAAGUCGUUGAAAAAAGAGCGUGACAAAGGAGCUUCAUCGUUUAUCGGUGAAAUUGGAGUUAUUUGGCUUAAUUUUGCUGCACCAUUGAAAACACCCAACACUCGGAAAAUUGAUUACACACGAUUAGAUUGGCACUUACUGUCCACGGCGACACCUUCCAUCAAUGCCUGGCUAAGUGUUGGUGAUCGGUUUGUUGUAGCGAUGAAAAAAAUGAAUUCCCUGUACGAACAACGUGUCUCCUCCAUGAUAACAUAUCUCAUGAUUUCAGGGUUGGAAGUUGAAGGAAUUCACAUUCCACCUCAAAGUAAAUGUUACAUUCGCAAAUAUACACCCUACUCGAAAUCGCUACAAGAAGAUCCAUCGUGUCAAUUGAUGAAUGUUCUCCGUCGUUACCUUAAUCGACAUGCAUCACUACUCGAAGUAGAAGAUAAUCUAAAAUCUGACCUAUUACCUCCUCUCCAUGUUCUCAAACGAGGAGUUAUCGCUGCUUCUCGUCAAUGGAAAAACGCUCUUUACAUGCCACUUUUAGUCGAACAGAAUAUCCGUCUCACUCGUGGUGAACGUGAUGCAUCAAGUAUUUAUCAAUCUUCGAUACCAUUGAGGUUACUUUUUGGUACCUCUGUUGUACCACAGAAACCCGUUCAAGAUAUUGCUUGUUCGAUGAAUCCUGACCCAACUACAAGUGAGGAACGAAUUAACUCUGAAACGAUCGAUGAACAAACGAAACUUUUAUUCUCAUCUCCUCCAAAAGCAUCAGAAAAAGAGGCCCAAGAAUCGCAAGCAAUUGAAAUGAAAGAUAUUACAAGUAAUACAGUUCGCAUGGGUGAGGAAUCACCACGUGAACAGCGUGGACUCACUUCGAGACGAGGUCGAACUUCCAGCCAACCAGAGAUUAUUAUAACAAACGGAGUUCGCAAUGGACCAAAUGAAGAGAAUGGAGGUCAUCCACCUCGCAGGAAAAUGUCAACUUUACCGAACAUUUUUUCACGAUCAUCUCGUGGCUCUGUUGCUUUUCCACUUCUAACUUAUCCUCUCGAAUCACUUGGUUCGGGAGUGAACAAAGCGUACGGAUUCUUGUUCAGUCCAAAUAGUCACCAAAGUUCAUGUGUCAAGGGAAAUAAGCGGCAAGAAAGUCAGUGUAGCCUUAAAUCGACGUCUUCGUCAUCGAGUGCCGUUGAUGCAGCCAUGAUGGGUGAAUCGUUGUUCAACACUAAAAGUGGUGACAAUUCAGAUUAUCACGAGGAAAAUUUGUACCUUUGGAUGUCACGGCAACAAGAUUACAUGGAAGCUAAACAUUUGUACCAAACAUCGGGUGCUAAUAACAACACGAAUCAUCAAACUCAUCGUCGAACUUCAUCUUUGAAUCCUCGACACGUUGAAUUGGAUCCAACUCGAUAUGCGACACUUGGUUCGGCUUAUAGCUAUGAAGAAGAAAGUGCCGCAGCUGCCGUCGGUCGAAGUACAACUGAUCCAGUGGUCGAGGUACCACCAGGUUUUGUUUUCGUUCCCACCGGUGUUCAACUUAACAAUGUUCGUAUUAUAUUUCAACCUCUUUUCUCUUCCCUUGGGGUGGAAAAUUUCACCGAAGAGGGAGAAGCUGCAAUAUCUUUCGAUCAAUUAGGGCCAAAGAUCACUUUAUCCGCUUCGAUAAAAAUGUUCAAAGUUAAUAUCGUUGAAAGUGAAGUAGCCGAUCCCAAUAGGUCAAGAUCAUCGCCAAUAUCAUUCAACUCGUCAACCGCUGAUCGUUUGCCAAACAUGAAAUCAACAUCACAUCUAAGACCUGAUUUCCUCUUUUCAUCGACAUCGACCCAACAACAACCCUCUCAAUCUCAGUCUCAUCUUCAAGGAUCGGCACUGAAAUUGGAAACAUCGGCAUUUAUUUGCGAUGGACUUGUCGUCGGUCUUGACUUACGAAAAGUAAAAGAUCCAAUGUCCACAACAGGUGAACCCAGUGUUACUAUUGAUCCAUCAACGGUACCGCUCCAUUCAUCUGGUACUGUUCCUCAUACAAUAGGUACAAAUAUUGAAGAGAAAUCAACUGAACGUGAUGAAAAUGUACCAAUUGUAAUUGUUGGACCUGAUGGUGGAAUUAAUGAGAUAACAACAACAAUUAACUUUAGUGUUGAUGUCCAUCAAAUUAUUCAACGUGUUAAUUUACCUCUAUUGCGACUAUUACAUCAGGUCGCUUCGAUGUGUGAAAGUAUCAAGGAAACUCGUGAAGAAUUGAAAGCAAACCGUAUUGAAGGAACCUCUUCCCCGGGGGUUAAGGUCAGUGAUUUUAUCACUGCAACCAGUGCGGGUGUUUCUGGUAGUGGUGUUGGUGUAACGAGUGUUGGUUUAUCAGGUGAUGAUGGUGUUGAAAUUGAGGAAAUAAUUGUCGGUGAUACAAGUCGAUCACCAUCACUGGCAAGUUUACGACCUCUAACCUCCCGUUCAAAUAAACAACGAAUCAAUAAAAGUCCAGAGGGUAGUAUCAACUUGGGAAUAGUUAAAGAAACGAUAAUUGAAAUGCCAACAAACGAUGAUGAUUCCGUUGAAAUCGCAAUGGUUGGUUCAGUUGUUGAUGGAUUACCUUCACCCGUUAACGGUACUAAUGAGCCGAUAACAACUCAGCUUAAAUGCUGGCGAACAAUGUAUUACCUAUUAGACCUUUAUGAGACGACACCAGAGACCAAAACAAUAAUCGAACGAGCGGAAAGACCACCGACAACUAUGCAACAAAUAGAGACAAAAAUAACGAUUGAAGAUGAUGAUGCCAAUCGUAAUCGUGGUAAAGGUGGUUAUGAACCUUUGAAAGAUAAUUUCAGUGAUGCCGAUGAUUUAAGUACACCGACAACUGGAGGACGUAAAGUUAGUCUUGUUGAAGGAAUUGGCACUGGAACGGGAGCUCAGCGAAAGUCGAUGAUCAAUAUUGUCUCAAGCGAUAAAUUAAAAACCUAUACUCAGGCAUUAAUCCAUCGGGAACUUACACCGUUAAUUGUUUUCGGUGUGGUGACUAUUCAAAAGGUAAAUCUAAUGGCCAUGUUGGGUGGACUUAAACUGGACGGUGAAUUGUCAUCAUUCCAGGUCAGUUUAACACAUAAAAUGAAAUCUCGUGGAGCAGCGGCUCAAUUUAAGAAAUGGGAGGAAAGCUCUUUAACUGGACAAUUGGGUCAGUCAACAUUUUCACUCUUUGAAGAGGUUCCACCCAAUCAACAAAUGGUCGUGAAAAUGACCAUCGGUAAAUCUCAGACUCUCAUUUCAUCGCAAAAUCGUAAAGGUAAAGAUUCCAAUUCAGCGCUAUUAACCAUCGGUCCAAUUAUGAUCGAUAUACCUCAACAUCCAGUCGCUUUACACGGAAUGAUGACUCGAUCAUCUCGUCAAUUGUCAACAACUUUACAAGAGUUACGAUCAUCUCGACAACCAUCUCGAUCAUCACGUCAACAAAAUGACUCGGAAAAUUUAACAGCAUCAAUGACCGGUGCUAAUUUAGGGCCUUCUUUCAGUUCAAAUUUAGUAACAUCACCAACCCGAGAUUCAGUUACUCGAGAGGUAAAGGAAAAUGUUCCCGUUUACAUUACAGUCGAACCUGUUGGUCAAUCGAAACCGGAACUACCCAAACUUAUCAAGCCAAUUGUUUUCCAAUUUAGUAUCGUUUUCGAUUCAUUAUCAAUCGGAGCUUCUUUACUUCCCUCUCUUCGAGCACAAUACAAGAUUGGCCAAAUAACAUCGAGUGGAAUCAUGGGAACUAAAGCGAAAUUUGUGGUCGACGUUCGUGAACAUACCCUUUCGUUCAACACCAAUCUACCCACGGCUGAUUCUAAUCUUCCCUCGUCCGCCAACGUCUCAAUGCCUCCUAUUCAUGUUUCAGCUGAAUAUAUGGAUGAUCCUCCUCCAAAUCGAGGUAAAGUUCCAGGUCCAAAUAGAUCAGAAAGUUUUGCUGACGGAAUUGUACUUCGAAAAGGAAGUUAUCUCAACGCGAUCGCUGAUAUUGGUUCAUUUGAACAUAGUUUAACAACCGAUCUUCUUAAUCAUUUACUGUUGGUACAAAAAGUUUUCAUGAAAGAGGUAAAUGAAGUUGUCCAAAAGAUGUCAGGUUACGAGAGUAAAAUAUUGGAACCUGAAUUGGGUGAAAUGGAUAAAUCGAUGAACGAUUCUCUUCAUUCUGGACUUUUAACAUCAACCGGCUCAUCGAAAGGACGAUAUCUACUUUUCUCACUUCAUCUUCGACUCAAAGGUAUCCAAAUAACGGCAACAACUCCGACCAAUUCAGCGGUUCGCCUUGAAACCGGUGUCAUGGAAUUACAAUUAUCGAAUCGAGUACAAAACAUGUCAUCAACUUUUCGUGGUUCUCAUGAGGUGAAUCUUAAAAUGUUCAUUAAACUUCAAGUUGACUUGAAUGUUGCUCUUGGGCAAUUGAUAAGAAAUGCUUUAUUUGAAGAAGCUGAUCCAGAAUUUCAACAAUUAGCUUAUUUUAAAACUCGAAUUGUCCUUCGAAAUGCUUUACAAGAUGAACUUGUCUCUUCUUCGAUGACCUCAGCUGAAGGUAAAGAGGCUCUUCUCAUUACUCUUCAUCGACCUUUACUCUACAUUCAACCCUUGGCUCUUGACAAAGCAGUAUUGGUUUGGUUAAAUUAUAAAAACGCUUACGAGUAUUGGAACGAGCAACGAGCCAAUUUAAAUAAAGAAGUACUUAUAACAACCCAACAAGUACUGGAUAAAUUACCUCAAUUACCUCAAAUUAGUCCACAAAAUUUGGGAACAUUGUUCCUUCAACUGACAAUCGACGAUCUUGGCAUUUGUUUACCAAUUUCGUAUUCCAACACUUUCCAAACAUCAGGAUUGAUAAACUCGAAACCUUAUGAUGCUGAACUUAAAUCGGCUCUUGUGAUUACGCUUGAAUCGACCCGAAUCUCUGCCUGUUCUUGCGGUUCUCUUGUAUCAAAGGCUCGAUUUACUGGACUUUGUUUCCGGUUUGCUGAUGAUUUCGAGACUUCCUUAGAUGAUUGGAAACCCGAUCAUUCUGAUCCAUCGGUUAUGAAUCUAUGUGUUGUCUCUGAAGGAACUUACGAAAUGUGUUCAAAAACGAUCACUCAUAUGGCUCCUAAUCAGUCCGUUUUGUCCAGUAGUGAUGCUAAAUGGUUGCUCAAUGUUUCCUGGAAGAUGGAGGGUUUUGACAUCCAUGUUGACACCUCGAUUGGAAAACAAUUUUCUGCCCUCUUUAAAACACUUACAGCGAUUGCUGGAGAUGAAGAUGAACUGGACACUAUUGAUUAUUCAUCGAUUGAUGAUACAACUAAUGAACCUUACGAGUUGAAAGGUGAUGUUAUCAGUGGUGUUGCUGGAGAAUCAGAAACAACAUCACCUCUUGUUAAUGACCCCGAAUUGGCCAAUGUUAAUCUACGUCGAACCUCAGUGUUCAAAGAUCCUUCACUUGAUACUCGAAAACGAUCACGACUAAUCGAGAAAGAGCUUAACGAACAAGCAAAAAUAAUCAAUGACCUGAAAACUUUAGGCGCUAGUCAGUCCACCAUUGAACAGGAAAUCAAGAGACUUCAUGAGCUGGAAUCUGCAGUUUUCAAUGACUUUAAACGUGAUGUAAUUAAAAAGUUGCGUCGACAAUCAGUUAAACGAUCAUCAUUCAGAGAUAAAAUCAACUUGCCAGAUAAUAAAAUGACACCUUCGAUAACGGAAACGUGUCUUAAUUCAGACGGAGAACCAGGAAUGACCACUUCUGAAAGCGAUGGAACCAAAUCAAUUGAAAGACCAAUAAAUUUAAUCAAUAACGGCGAUUUAGCACCAAGAAGUGUUUCUCUUGAAUUAAACACCGUUGACCAAUCGGCUGAAGAUCCGCUUUUCACUCGUUCAUCACUCGACGAUAAAGUUCAUUUCGCAUCACAAUCUAAUUCACCCAAAGCUCAAUCGUUGGGCGCUACUCCAACACAAGAUUCAUCUAAAUCAACCUCGCUUUCUGCUAUAUCUCGAAGCCAUUCCAGUAGUCAAGAAACAAGCGCCAGUAUUUCAUCUGAUCAUUUAAACACUUAUUCUGAUUCACUUAAUAAUACCUUUUCAAACACCACCGCGACCACUACCACCAGUGGUUCAAGUAAGAUUGAUUUCACUGGAUCAUCAGUAACAACAACAACAACCUCAUCAAAUUUAUCAUCUCCUACUAAUACUAAUAAUCAUAUUAACGCUUCAUGCACCAAUCAAAAUGACAUUAGUGACAAAUCAACUGAUCAUUUAUCACCGCUUUCACGUCUUAAUGAAAAAUUAAAACAAUCAACUGGAAUCAAGGAAGCUAAUUUCACUUCCGAAAUCCGGCCGAUUCCAAAUGCAUCUAAUUCCAAUCAAACGAAACCCUCCAAUUACCCGAUUCAAGAGCCUUACAUUGACUUUGAACUAGAUAUUAAAGUUUUCUUCAAUAGUGGAAAAUGUGUUUUCCAUACUCGAGAAACAACAGCCAAAGAUGAAGAUUAUUCACGAAAAAAUGGCCUACCCAAAGAACGAAGUUUCAUCGGAAACCCUGAUGUACUUUCAUCACCAUUGGGACAUAUUCCUCGUUCAUCGGCACUUCGAUCAUCAUUAACAAAUAACAAACCAUUAAAUACUGGUGGAUUAAAGUCUAAUCUUUCAUCAAGCCGAUUGCGUUAUCCGAACUCGGCUGGUACCAAUACUGGACAAAUGGAUUAUUCAAUAUUUUUAAUUCCAGGUUUAGAUAUUAAAGUUCAUUACAAUUCAAAGACAGUUUUUGGUACUACAUCGGGUAUAACAACAUCUUCACAACAACAAACAGCAUCAUUUGGACCGAGUCAUCUUAGAGUUGUCCCCGAAUCUCGAGAUACCGAAACAAACAUGGCAACCACAAGUUCAUUUCCUAAUCCCGCUAAACGUGGUGGCUCUAAAAAGGCCUCUUGUUAUGCCUGGAUGACCUUGCACUCAAUACCAGAGGAAACCAUAAUCUCACCUCAUAUACUUGACUUCAUGGAGCAAGCACUUGAGCCCAUUCCCAUUCAACCGCCUUCAUCCUCGGGUAAAACCUCAUCCCCCGCAUCUGAUGGCCACCAAUUAACUCCCGAUGAUUUUGCCAGACCUGAUUUAAUCACAUCGGCACCAGCUCAAUAUGCUGUCUAUGGGUCUUUUCCGGUUGAUGUUAUUGUUUACCUUCACAUGCAACCCUCUGUCCUACGAUUUAGUUGUCUUCCGGUUUCUCGAGUUGAAUGUUUACUUCAACUUCCCUCAGUUGAUCUUGUCUUUUCAUCCAAACGACUUCAAGAUGAACUUGACAUUAAUUUACCACAACAACCUUUAGGUAAAAAUUUUCCCUACUCAACAUCUUGUGGUCCUUCUCGAACAGGUAACGUUAAACAUGGCCAUAAAAGGUCAGCAUCGGAUUAUCGUCACCCUCAACAUCAAACGGAAACAUCGAUAGGUGGCCUAAGUAUGACCGUUGUCUUGCUAUUUUCACUUUACAUUUUCCACCCAUACGGUGGACAAAAGAAAGCACCAGGCUCAUCAAUUUCCGAGGCCACAUCUUUCCCUAACCCGAAAUCAAACUCUGAUCGCAAAGAUGCUCUUAGCUUACAAGUUGAAUUUGUUAAGAUCAACAUUUCUCGAAGUCGCCGACUCGUUUUAAGCUUGAAACUUCCACCAUCAAUUAUCCGAUCAUCUCAUUCAUCACAAGACAAACUUAAUCAAACAGUUAUGAUACGAUUCUCAGCACUUUGCGACAUUGGUUCAGCUUCGUUUAAAUAUGAUAUGCGCCGAUUGACGGAAACUUUGGCCUUCCCUAAAGCCUGGUAUCGAAAGGCCAUUUGGAAGCGUAUGUUUUUGGGUGACCAAGGAAUCUCUGGUCAUUCAAUUUUCUCCGAUCAAGAUUACAAUUUAUCUUCAUCUUCAUCUUCCUCACCAUCAACAUCAAGUUCAUCAACGAGUAUUAAUGAACCAGGUUUACCAACUUCGUCCAUCAAAACCUCAGGUCAUUUUAAUAAAUCUCCAAAUAGUCGAGGUAGAGAUUCAUUAUGGUUAAAUAUUCAAGAUACUGAUGUUCAUCGUUCUCAACAUGCAAGUUCAUCCCAUCGCAUUAAACACUCUCACUUGCACUCAUCAGUCUCAUCGGAAGGUACAAAUCAACAACAACGACAGAUCAUGAAUGCACCUGAAAACUUUGAUUCUUUUCGUGUUAACCUUUGUAAACUUAAUGUUCACAUGAACAUGGCCAAUGUUAUGGGUAAUACUAGUUGGUUGACUCGAGGUUUCCGUUCAGAGGGAAGAGUGUCGAUCGACUCAAAUGGUCAUAAAAGUGUCAAUGUUAGUCUGGGUUUGGAUGGUUCCUCCUUGGAUGCCAAGGGUGGUAUUAUCGGUGGUAUUUUUGAAAUUUCCCAAAUUCAAACGAAAGUAAAUAUUAAGGAAAAUUAUGGCAAAGAACCAGAUCAUAUGAUCACAUUGAAAUUAGAUGCACUUGAGAAGCGUCUUGAUUAUAUGGGAACAUCAAUCUUAAUGUUGCGAAUGUCUGAUCUUGAUUUAACACUUCGAGAUGAAUGGAGGAUCGAUGCUGGUGCCAACAGUGGUUCUAAUCACCCAACCAAACGACCUGCUUGUAUUUUUAUCCAUUGUAAUCUGGCCUGGGAUCAAUUACAAUUGUUAAUGUCCAAAUCAACGACUCCUGAUAUUAUGAAGAUCAUCGCUAAGCUUGAAGAGUUUUUCAGUCAACAAUUUCACAAUUCGAAAAGGGUUUUUUCCUCUUCCGGUGUUACCUCUUCCUCUUCAACUAAUAGGAAUUCAUUCAAGAAGGAUAAAAGUACCAGAGGAUCGGGCAUAGUUAAACCCUCUACACCAACAUCAACAUCCAGUGGUUCGGGUUUAGUUGAUUCUGGUUCACCGAGUAAUGAGAUUUAUCGUCAUCAUCGUCAUUGGCAGAAAGUUUUGCGUCUUGUAUCGGGUGCAUCUCUAUCCACCCUUUGUAAUCCUCUGCCCACCAAGGGAACUAUUCUUGGUGGUACCUUUGAACUUAUUGGGAAUAUUUCAUUGGCCUUUUAUGGAAUCAAUUUCCGUUCCAAGUCAUGGGGACUUUUCUCCAUGUUGAAACCAUCAAUUUCCUUUGCAUCGGAAGCUCAAGAUGUGGUCAACAAUGAGACAGGUUCAUCGGACACUCAUAUAAUUCAAAAUUUUACCUUCUCUCUUGGUCGCCGCGAUCGUCGUCGAGAUGUUGAUGAGGCCACUUUUCGGUUGAUUGUUUUCACUCAACAUUCCAACAUGGCCACUGUUUGUAAAAUUUCACGAACCGUUAUGUUCCCACCGCAAUUUAAUCUCCAUGAAUGGUUUCAGUACACUUUCGCUGGCUCAGAAUUAGAUCAAAUUAAUCGGUUCCCAGUUAUUGAAUUUGAACGAUCUGGUGAUGGUUGUUCCGCGGCUUCAGCUGCAUCAGGGGAAUUUCAUUCUCGACGAUUCUCCGUUAACCCGAAAAGUAAUGAAUGUCAUCACUCUAAGGAGGUCAUUUUCGCUCUGCCCAGUUUCCAAAUGGAUCUGAAAACUGAACAUCUUCAAGGUAUCAGGCCACCAUUGGCAAUAGAUCCAAAGCCAAAGGUUGAUUGUACUUUUGUCACCGAUUUUGAUGACCACAUUUUCGUCGCCGUUGAUGCAGAGGCUUACUUUUUCCUCCACGAAUUGAUUACCAGCUAUUUCAAAGAGAAACAGAUUUAUUUUACUCGAAGUUCAACUGGAGCACAAUUAAUCGAUAAACCUGAACAAUUGAUGGACAAUAAGUCCAAUUUAUCCUCCAACGACAAUAAAGAUACACCAAUGUCAUCUGAAGCCUCUGCUGGAUCUUCAUCAGCACAAUCAAUUAUUUACGAACGAGAUUUUCGUGACUUUCAAUGUCAAACUUGGCAUUUGGAGCCAACAGUUAGGCUAAUUACAUGGGCCGGUAAAAACCUCGAACCAUAUGGAGUUGAUUAUAUCCUUCAAAGACUCGGUUUUGCCCAAGCUCGAACCACAAUCCCGAAAUGGAUACAACGAGGAGCAAUGGACCCACUUGAUAAAGUCCUUUCGGCAAUAAUGUUCAGGGUCAUCUCGGCAUCUAAAAAUGAAUCAUUGCCAAGCUCAAGAUGAUGACCAAUCAAUCCAAUGACCAGAUAACAACUAUCCAAAAAUAAAAUCUUUUCACUCUCUUUCUCUCUCCUAGUCUCUUUUUCCUAUUGAUUUUUCAUCAACGAAAUUUUCAUCCAACUUUUGAUUACCUUUCGUUGGGCUUAUUGGUUUUGCCGUUACUUUUUAAAUGAAACUAUCUCUCUACAAACUGAUUGCCGUGAAUAUUAUCUUUCAGUGUUCAGACAAUUGACCGACGCAUGGAUAAACACCGAAACUGCUCACAAACACCGAGAAACAAUCAGUUAAUCAUCUAACGAGAGAAAGAGAUCUAAAACUAUUUCAUCCUUGUAAACUAUUCUAAUUAUUUCGUAUUUCAAUUGCCCCUCUUUUAAUCAUGUUUAUAUGCCCAUAAAGUUGUAAAUAGACUGAGAUGUAAAAUGGAACAAUUAAUGUAAAAAAAUCAAUGGAUUCAAACUCAAGAAAAAGUAUAAAAAAUGAUUAAUUGUAAUAGAAAAAUCGUUUUAAUGUUAAUGAAAUGAAAUUAUUGAAAUUAAACAAAUCGAAAAUUGAA